AUGCACCACCCGCGGCUAGCAGACUACUUCGAAGACUUCACGCGUCCACACCACACCACCACCUCCACCAGCAACAACCCCUACACAUCCGCCACAAACAACCAAACAAUGACCAACGGCGCAACUACCUCGCCCACCCUGACACCCUCCUUCCUCCCUAUCGAAGACAUCUACAUCCCGCCGCAGUAUCAGCCGCCUAACCCGGAAGACGAGGACGAUGUUGUGCCGGACCAGCAUGCCGCGUUUGGGAUUGCCAGGGCCAUGGCGCUUCAGGGACGUAGGGGGGAGGGUGCGUGGAGAGAUUUGGGGCUGGAGGGGUUGGUUAGUGGGAGUGGUACUGGAGGAACAAGUGCUGGGGGGAUUGGGGUUGGGGGAGGGGGAGGGGCGAAGGUGAGGGUUAGAGGGGAGGGGAGGUUGAUGGGUGGGAGGAGGAGGGUGGUUUGUUUGAGGUGA